GUAUUUUUUCUAGAAAAAAAUACUGUAUAGACUGUAUAUAACUAUCAACUGAUUAUCUACAAAAAUAUUGUUGAUGGGAAUAAAAGUAAAAACUUGAAUAUGUAUCAAUUUUUGUCUUAAAAUAUAUUUUUUUCUAUAUUGAAUUUAGUUUUGUCUACACCUGAGAAUGAUGGGAAAAAGUGAAAGGAUUAUGAGAAUAGAUCUCCCUAUUGACAUAUCUUUUUAGAAAUUUUUAUAACAUUUUCCUUGUAUAUAUUUUAUAUUUUGAAAACUUUAUAUUGUAUACAUUAAAAUUAUAAAUCCUGUAAAUUUGAUAGUUUAAAUUUUAAGUCUUAUAUAUUAUAUAUCUAUUGGUAAAUAGUGUACUAUUUAAAAAAAUUAAAUAUUUAAAAUAGGUUUAAUAAGAAAAAAUUUAUUUAUGCAAAUUUAAUAGUCCAUAAUUACAUCUUGAUAUAUUAAUACAAGUAAUAAAACCUUUGGAGUAUGGGGGCUCUGGGUAUAUCAUCAUGGGUACAGUACACAUGAUGAUUUUUAUAAUAAAGGUUCACUAUCCUCUUUCGUGGCAAUAUUAGUUGACUACCACUGACUCCUGACAACUAUUUGAAGUUUAGUUAACUUUAAAAAUAAUGUAAAUAAUGAGUUAAUGUAUAGUUGAAAGUUACCGAGAAACUUUUUACUUUAGUAUUUUCUUGGAAUAUGGAUUUUUUUGAUUUUUUAUUAUUCAGUCAUUUAAAUUCUAAUAAAUUCAGAAUGAAUGAUGCAGACUGUACAAAUAUAUUUUUCUUUCGUUGCUCUAGUAUAACAAGAAUUUAAGACAAUCUCUUACACUGGAAUAUUAUGAAGAGCCUGCGUUUUAGAUAAAGUUUUGUUUUAAAGUGCUGUGAUUUACAUAUACAUGAUUAAUUUUCAUGUCUUAUUUUUAAUUGAACCAUAGAGAAAUAGUGUGAUUUAAUAGUGAUUGUGCCGCGUUAUGUCUAUGAAUCGUCAUAUUCAAAACUUCAAUGAUUUUGAUAUUGAAUCAGGUUUUCAAGAAGAAGAAAAUGUUAUUAUCAGUAAACCUUUUAUUCCUGCCAAGGCAACUAAAACUGUAUCUCCACCACCUGUUCGUUCGUCUUAUAAGGCCCCUACAGGGUUAUCUCGUGAAGAGCAGUUGUUGUCAACUGUUGUACAUUUGGACAAUGGAACUACUGGUUAUUUAAUAACUCUCAACGAAGCAACAGGAUCAUGGUCAUGUCACGCUUGCUAUCCAUUCAAAGUUCAGUCUAUGUCCUUAUUGGAAGAGCACUUGGUCAGCAAAAGUCAUUUAUUAGAAAUGGGAAAAUCUUGCUUUCCUGCCAAAAAUUUUAUCAAAGCAUGUUCAGAAACUGGCUUAAGUGUUGGUGUACCUUCUAUGAUAUCUGGUGAACCUAUUCCACCGGGUAUGGAAGAUGAAGUUGAAAAUGUUUUAGCUCGAAUUCAAGCAACUCUCGAUUCAAUAUUUAUUCCAUUAAUUGGGUUGGAAUUUGUUUUGGAACUUAUACCACCAGAGUUAAAUGAAGAACCUAGAUAUAUGUGUGCUCUUUGUGAUAAACGGGGAGAUCCUCGUACAUUUCCUAAUCAUUUACGCAGCUUUAAUCAUCAUAUGGCUUACUUGCGGAGAUAUUUCAGAUCAUUAGCGAAUGCAUUAGAACAACUUAAUAAGGUUUCAUCUAAGGGUUUUCAAGAACUUGUCUUUCACGUUAUUGGAAAAAUAGAAGAAGAAUAUGGACGCAUGAAGCCAGUUGUUGUUGAUGCAAGUUUAUUUGAUAUACCAACAGAGAAAAUAAAAAUUUUAAGACAAGUUAAUAAUGGAAAACAUAUUAUGGAAUGUCCAGAAGAUAGAUGGAUGUUAGAAAUGAUUAAACCAGAGUAUGUCGAAAAUCCUAAGAUUUUACAGGACAAAUUUCCUUUGAAAAAAAUAACUGAAAAAAAUAAGCGUGAGCAAGAAGAAAAACAAAAGGCCUUAAAAGCAGAAACAAUAUUUAACAAAAAUACACGUAUUACUGUUAAUAAAAAUCAACUACGUUCUAAAAAUGAUAAAGAAGAUAGUGAUUCUGACAUUGAGUUUGUUGACAUAAAACCUAGUACUAUAAUUCGCACCAGACUACGCACAUCAAGUAAAAAUAGUCGAGAGAAAUCUAGAGAUAGAUCAAAAGAAAGAAGAUCUAGUCGUAAAUCACCAAAUAGAAGACAUUAUCGGCGCUCUCGAAGUCCAGGAUCGCGUCAUAAAUCUCGUAGUCAUUCUAAAUCUCCUAGUAUUUCUAGGCCUCGAUCACGUUCUUACACUCCAGAUAGACGAUCAUUAAGUAGAUCAAGAUCACGCUCUCCUUAUUAUAACCGAGGAAGUAAAUAUUCCAGUCAUAGUAGGAGACGUUAUAGAAGCCGGGAAAGAGAUGAAUCAUACAGGAGACCAAUUUCUCCAUCUUCAUCAAUUCAUCCUAUGCAUUCUAUGUCUACUUAUCCUAGUCAUCCUAGAAUGUAUUAUCCUACUCCAUAUAUGCCAUAUCCAAGGCCAUACAUGAGAUUUCCUCCUCCAGGGCAACCUGGAUAUUAUGCACCAGAAAUGUACUCAGCUAAUUAUGAGCCUCAUAAAGAAAGAAAAUCAAGCAAAAGAAAAAGAUUACACCAUGAGUUUGAAAAAGCAGUAGAAGAAAUGAAAAUUGAAAUGGAAAAAAAAUUAGCCUAUCAUGAAAAAAAUCCAGAAAAUCACCCUAUGUAUCCUGAAGAAUGGAAAAAAUUUUGGAAUAGACGCUUUAAAGAAUUACAAAUGGAAGGUAAAGAUCCAAACAAACAUGAUUUUAAGCCAGAAUGGAUUCUUUCGUGGAGUAAACGUAUGCAAGAACUUCAUGAUGAAGAUGUAAAUGAAAAAAUCCAAAAACUUAAAGUAAAGAUUUUGAGUGAUAUUGAUAUGGAUAAAAGUUCUUCUGAAUCUCCAACUAGAGAACUUUCACCCUCUAAAGAUAAAAGAUCAACCUCUCAAUCAAAGCCUUGGACUGGGUAUGGAUCUGAAGUUUUAGAGAAAGAAUCUGAAAAAAAUAACCAAUUAAUAAAUGAUAAAAAGUCAAAAAUAGCAGGAGCAUCCCCCAUAAAUUCCGACUCUGAUGAUUCAUUAAAUGAGCUUAAUGAUAAUAAUAAACCAAGAGAAAAAAUUCAGAUUGAAAAUCCACUUAAUGUUAUUACAGUGUUGAGACAAUUAACUGUAUUAGAAAAUCAAUUGGGUUUACUAGCCCCAAAAAUAGUUGAUUUAUUAUCUAAAGGACUUGUUAUGGAAAAAAUAGAACCUAAAUCUUCCAUUAAUUUGUUAACACCAGAAAAUUGUGUCAUGUUUGAGACUGUAAAAGAAAAACUUAAAGGACAAUUACUAGCAGGUGUUGUUAAGAAAAAUUUAGUUAAUGCUACUAUGUUUUCUAUUCGUAAUAUUGAAAAAUUAAUGCAGUUAGCUCCUAAGUUUAUUCCACCAAAAAGUUUAUUAACUACUACUCCAACACCAGCCCCUAUAGCAGUUCCAGGUGUGGGAAUCAUAGAUAAAAUGGCAAUUGCACAGCAAAUAACACAAGCACUUUUAGCUCAAGGGAAAGUAGAUGUAACUCAAGAAGAGUUGGAAACUCUUAUUAAUGCUGUUGUUGGUAUGGCACAGUCUGGAAACAAUUUGCAAGGUAACAAAAAUAUUUUAUCUAGUUUAUCUGCUAAUGAAGGAAAUGUUUUAAAAACAUCAACUAACGAAGUUGAUAAAAUGAAAGAAGAAAGAGACAAAAAAAAUUUAAACCAUCUCUCACAGGUGGAUAUCAUUAAUUUAUUAAAAAACUUUAAAGAUUUAACAGCUGAAGAGCAAGAUGGAUUAAUUACUUAUCUUAAAGAUUUAGGAAAAAAGAAUCCAGAAGAAGUUAAAAAACUUAGAAAAUAUAUUGAUAUGGGGCCAACAAAUCUAAAAGAAGUGUCUUCAAUAUUUAAAGAUGAUGAUGAUGAUGAUGAUGAUAAUUAUGAAUUAUCUGAAGUAUGUAAAGCUGUUAAAGAAAAAGUGGUUAACGAACAGAAAGAUCAAGAAAUCAAUAAAAUGGCAGCAAAUUUUGAAAUAACUGAAGAACAAAAAAAAUUGCUUAAUAGUAUACAAAGUUUUCUACCAAAACCUGAAACAAAGUCUGAUUACAGCUUGCAACCAACUAUUCAACAAGUAUCAACUACUAUUGCUUCUUCAGAACCAUCUUUUUAUAAUGGUUCUACUAAUUCUUAUAACUACCCAAUUGUUGAUCCAUACUCAGCUAAACAUGUUCAAAUUGAUAUGUUUAGUCCAGAACCUUUAACAUCUGUUACUCAUUCGACUAUACAAGAACAAGCUAAUCAGUUUUCUAUAAAUUCACAAGAACAGCCUAAUCAUUUUAACAUUUUAUCCAAUGAUCAACCAAAUCAAUUUAGUAGUCAACCACCAGAACAACUUCAUCAGUUUAAUACACAACCACUAGAUCAAUCUAAUCUAUAUAAUGUCCCCCCAUUAGAACAACAUAAUCUGUAUGGAGAAUUGCAAGAACAGCCUGAUCCAUAUUCUGCUACUCAAAGUGAUUUAUUUAAUGAUCCAUACUCUCAUAACCAGAAUAAUAGCUAUUUCCAUGGAAGUCAAAAUGACUCAUAUAAUAAUUAUCAACAACAGAAUGCUAACACAAACUCUUAUCCUGCUCCUAGUAAUUAUUUUAAGGGAAAUGAUACUUAUAAAAGUAAAACUUCAUAUAAUGACUCUUAUCAAGGAAAUAAAAAUGAUAGAAAUAAGAGAUUUGGUCGUUCAAAUAAUCGUUAUCAAAACAGGAGAUAAGUCAAUAGUACACAAUUUUUUGUUUGGUUUGAUACAAACUUUGAUAAAGAAUUUUAUUUGUAUUAUAAAAUUAAAUACUAAUAAUAAAUGUUAUUAACACAACUUUUGUCUCAUUUUGACAAUUUUUGUUCUAAAAAUUUUUUAAAUAAAAAUCUUUCUAUUUGA